AUGUUUUUCUUGUAUUCUGCUCUCACACUAUUAUCGCUUCUUCAGCGUCAUUCUGCAUUAAGACAAAGCCAACUGGCAUUAAAAUGUGAUUUUGAAACGGCUUGUACGGAUUUUGUAAUUGACAAUAAUUGGGGUUCAACGGAUGGUUUUCAUCCACAUCCUCUCGCCUACGAUCACACCUAUCUCAAUGCAACUGGACACUACCUGUUCUAUGAACCAACACUGCAACCAGGUGAAUUUAGCAGAAUAACAACAAAGUCUUACGUAGAGUCACCAACCGACAAACUCAUGUGUCUAAGUCUCUGGUACUACAAGGUGCGCAUAGCAAUGUCAGUUUACCUUGUCUUGGACAGAGGCGAUCAAAAUGAUAUUGAACAGCAAGUAAUGGUGAUACAGAACACAACACGGAACUGGACACAAGUAACAGUACCGUUACCAUCUGAAAGAUUUCGUAUCGCAAUUAGUUUGAACUACACAGCUGGUCCACUCUUACUGGAUGAUCUUUCAGUCGACUACUGUCUCGGACCACUGCCACAGCCACAGAAAACUCUCUACCAGUGUGACUUUGAAGAUGCUAAUGAUACUUACAACAUUCAGUCUUUGCCCUAUUAUCCGUACGCGUGGACACGAAUCAAAGCCAGUGAUGCCCUGCAAAAGGAGGCAGAUGCUCCGCCUGUAGACUACACCCUUGGCACAGCCGAAGGUCAUUACUAUUGGCUCGAUUUCAAUGAUAAAGAUGGACAAAAACAGAUCGAGGGCGGUGCCGGAUACUUUAGGAUAAACAAAACAUUUCAUUUUACAGCGGAGAAUGAGACGUACUGUCUGAAUUUUCAAUACUUUACAUUUCGUCGCAACACUUAUUAUUCGUAUUUGAAUGUGUUUGCUCUGCUAGAAGAUGGAAAUGAAUUACAUCAUCUAUGGCCACCAAGGAACAACGAACACGGAUACCAGUGA